UCGAGUUGCACCUAUUUGGUCAGCGGCUGUGCUUCAGCUGUGCUCCCCGUCCCCGUUGAUCUGGCCUCCAAAUCUUGAAUGCGCCUUAUUUAUUCCUAGCUGCGAUGUCCAACCAAUCCCACCGCAUACCUAUCCACGCCGCGCCAUGGAGCGACGACGAAAAACCCUCCUUGAACGACAUCACCGCCCGCAUGCGAAAGUCGGUAUCCAGGGUGUACCGAUACUGGUCACCGCGCGCAAACCCCCUAACAUCCUCGUCGACGCCCUCGCAAGCAUCAAACUUGAAGUUCAUACUUCUGUGUAUGCUGUGGUACACCUCCUCUGCCCUCUCGUCCAACACAGGCAAGGCGAUCCUGAACCAGUUCCGCUACCCCGUCACCUUGACGUUCGUCCAAUUCGGUUUCGUGGCGGGUUAUUGUCUCCUGUUCAUGUCGCCUGCUGUCCGCUUCUCGCGGUUAAGGACGCCGACGAGGGCCAUAUUGAAGACGACGUUGCCGAUGGGGCUGUUUCAAGUUGGGGGCCACAUUUUCUCGAGUCUGGCUAUCUCCCGGAUACCGGUCAGCACGGUGCACACGAUUAAGGCGUUAUCCCCCCUGUUCACUGUUGCCGCCUACGCCAUUCUGUUUGGCGUGAGUUAUUCGACCAAAACCUACAUCUCUCUGCUCCCACUCACUCUGGGUGUGAUGCUUGCGUGCUCAUUCGCCACCAAUGCAUCCAACUUUGUCGGUCUCCUAUGCGCAUUCGGCUCCGCGCUUGUUUUUGUCAGCUCCAAUAUCUUCUUCAAGAAGAUCAUGCCGUCGAACUCGGCUCAGUCGAGUGGGCACAAACUUGACAAGCUAAAUCUGCUGUUUUACUCUUCCGGGAUGGCAUUCCUCCUCAUGAUACCCAUCUGGAUGUACUACGACCUGCCGCGUCUCCUGUCUUCUGUGCCUUCGGCUGCUGCAUCCUCAGCCAAGCCGGCAGCCCACGGCGUGUGGUACUAUUUCUUCAUGAACGGAACAGUGCAUUUUGCGCAAAACAUCAUUGCCUUUGUCAUCCUGGCGUCGACCUCUCCGGUGACCUAUUCCAUCGCCUCGCUCAUCAAGCGAGUGUGGGUGAUCUGCAUCGCCAUCGUGUGGUUCAGCCAGACGAUCCAUCCGGUGCAGGGCUUUGGGAUCGUGCUCACAUUUACCGGAUUGUACAUGUACAACAACGCCAAGGGCGAUGUUGAACGUGGAGAGAAACAGAUGCGGCGGGUCGAAGCUGCCCGGGACCUUGCGCUGCCAACGACGAAAGAGGAGGCCGCUGUCUUUUCUGGCAGGAGCGAGUCGAGUGCAGAGACGACUGGAACGGAUGGCAUCACAGCCCUGCACGGCCGGCCGCGUGCCCCGUCAGUGGCGCUGAACUCGGCUAAGCCACCUCUGCUCCCGCAUCCUUAUCUUCACUCCCAGCAGCCACACGUACACAAUCACCACCAUCAUCACAAUGCUCCGCCGCUGACGAUUCGGGUGACACCGCCGAUGCCUCUCUCGCCGACCGACUCGUACCCGUCACCACCGCUUUCCGUAGACUCCCCUCGAUCUCCGCCCCUCCACGCUUCUUCAAGACACAUUCUUGCGGAACCCCGUCGUAUCCCGGCGGCAGCGUGAGCCGGCGGAGGUCUGGACUGGUCUCUACCAUAUACACAUAUCUAUUAUACUUAGACCACAUCUUUCAAUCUGGAUCUGGGACGUGCAUAUAUCGAUAAUUGAACAACUCUGCGAGUCUCGUACAAUGUUCGUCUCGUAUCUUACAGUCGUAUCUAGUCUAUCACGGAUCGCAAGAACGAAUAGUAGGCUGGUGAUUACUCGGCAUGGCCGUUGCCAACGACCGGGUCGGCGGGUUCUGCCGGGCUAUGUCGCUGGACGAUGCGCAGCACGUUAUCGAGGACGGGACGCACGCGGCCCUGCACCUCUGCGCCGACACGGGUAAGCUUGUCUUGGACCGUGAGGUCAGGAGUGGUCACGAUGGAGCUCAGAGUGUGGAUCGCAUCGGUCAGUUCGUGGGAGGCGGUAGCGGUCGAGCUCUGCACCGAGGCACUGGUCGAAGCAAGCGAUCCCUGGAGGCGCUGCAGCUGGACUAGGAGAGAAUCAGAGAGCGCGUGGAUGCGGGUGCUGGUGGAGGCAGCGAGCGCAGCGAUGGCGUCGGUCGUUUGCAUGGCGCGUUGGCUGCACGUGCUGUCAGUCAAGCAUAGAAAGCCAAUGGCGGUGAUUCUGCACGCACGCAAGAACGGUGUGUUGGGAGUAGUCGUAGAGCUGGCCGGUGACUUGUUUCGAAAGCGCGUAGACGCGUUCAGCUUGGUAAUGGUAUUGCGCAUCGGCAGGCGUCGCCGGGGUGUGCAGACGGUUCACCGCGGUCGAUUCGAGAUAGUCGACGAUGGGUGUGAAGCGCUGAAAUCAAUCAAUACGGACCUCUAAUCGAUGGAAAGCACAGACCACAAACCUGGUCAAUCUCAGAGACCGCCGUCAAAGCAGGCGAAGUGACACGCGCUUCGAUUGUCUUGUUCGCACUCUGCUGCUGCCGGUCCACAAAAUCGACCACGCUCUGUCUGCGCGAGCGCACAUACUCGGCGACUUCCUCGGGCUGCGCUUCGAACGGAUAGGGGUAUUUGCUCUGCACGACGUCCACAGCCUUGUUCGCGAACCCGUCCACCGAUUGGAUCAGGGGCGCGAAGCGGACUUGGAUGGGGGCGCUGUAGUUGUAUGCGGGAAUAGCCCACGAUGGGGAUCGAGGCGAAGCGGUUGAGGAUGGUGACCUCUGGGGGCGCAGGGGUGUCAGAGGAGGGCAUAGGGACCGUGGAAGCCAUGUUUGGAGGAGCAAGAAAAAGGCGGUGUGAAUGAGCCUUCCAAUGUCUCGAGCGGCCUCACCUUAUCCCUGGGCAGUUUUAUACGGCAUUUUCACGGGCCUAGUUCUCCUCGAGAUGUCUCGUUCGAAGUGAGCCCUCGCAGGUGUUUCUUCUCUACUUGCACCAGUAUUGAUAAGAUAUGCGAAAUCUCACGUCUUCAAUUGACAGGUGCUCCGCUAUCUCGACUCUGGAGAUUGUGAAUACCCUCGCUGGAGCUGACGAGGACGUGAAUGCGCUUCAUAGCUAGCAUCUGCGACUGCCUCAAAAUGCAUUACCUCCGACUCCUUGUGAAAUAUGCGUGCAGCACUCGCGCAGCCUGUGAUUUUUUCAAGCGACGCAGCUAGCUUGUGAUUUUUGAGCGGCGAUCAAAGUGAUGGAAGCAUAUCAGAUAAUCUAAUCUCGCUCUGCAUCAAGAAACCUUGAAGCUUGAAGUUUAUCAUUGCUUGCUCUCUUUCCGCUGACUAAACAGUACACUAGUAUUUUAGGAUCGAAGCCGGAUGGGCAACAUUGGUUAAUAAUAUGGAAGGCAUCAGAACUACGCCUCACGACCGCCUGUGUCAGGUCACCCCCCGGCAUUGCUUCUUCACUCUUCGGCGUCCGCAACCUUUUUCUUUGUCCACUGAAUUUAUUGGUUCCACUCAGGCGGUGAUCCUUGGGCGCGCCUAAUCUGCGACGCAUCUUCUGAUUCUCCUCGGCGCUCGCGGGUGGGUGCUUAGUGAUUGGCGGCACCGAUCCAUGCAGUUUGUCUUCCCCAACAGAAGCAGAAGCUCGAGCAUCGAAAGGAACUUGGUUAGCGACUGAUUCAUUCUCCGAGAACACACGCUAGCGCUCGGAUGAUGGAUGCAUACAGCUUCGUG